CACUGCACAACACUCGAUUGCCACCUCAUGCUCCCCCAGAUUCUUCUGCACUCCAGGAUCUUAUAACUACAUAUACCUCUUCUAUUCUACUUACAUCCGUCACGACCACACUGGAAUAUUCACGAAGUAUCAAGGUUGCAUCCGAGCGGCCGGCGCGGUAGCUUGAAUUCGGGUCGUGCACGGCUUCAUCUCGGACUCUGUGCGCUGUAGCUCGUACGAAGGCAACAAGGCAUUCUAGCGACAUCUUGGUUACUGUUGUAUCUGGAAGGCCUUGCGCUACUUACUGAGCAGCCAUGACGGAGUCAGGUCGUCCGACACGUUCAGGCCACGGGAAUGUCGUUGCACGCCUUCAUGCACUCUUCCCAGGACCAGGACUUACGUCUCCGAGACAAGCGCAGCAGCCACCCCCGCCAGUCUCACCCGCCGCACCCCCAGCUAGGCCGGCUCUGAAAGUGAGGGUCGUAACAUGGAACAUGCACGAGAGUCUGCCAAAGGGCGACUUGUCCGAGCUGCUUGGGUCGCUACUUGACCAAGCUUCGGCAACGAUGCAGGUACAAGAUCCCUCGGGUCUGACGUCCUUACCCCUGGAUGCGCGUCAUCCUUACCAUCUGGUAGUCGUUGCCGGACAGGAGUGCCCGACCGCCACAGGGCUGCCCCUGGGCCUUGGUGCAGGGUUCAGGCUCAAAGACCUCGUCGAGAAGGAAAAGGACAAGGCAAAGGACAAGGAAGGCAAGAAACUGGCAGAGUACGAACAGAGAGAUGUAGAGUCGGAAACCGGUAGCACCCGCGCCCCGGCUCUCGCAGAGCCUGGUACUCCUCAGCUCGCCUUCGCCAUGCCCGCCGCAAUGGAGAGCGAAGAGCCCAUUGACUCGCCAUCAGCCAAAGGCUCGACAGAUCUCUCCCACCAUAAGAGCUUGCUGCACUCCUCUCCGUGGUCGCUCAUGCUGGACGGCUGGUACAGCAACAAGACGCUGCCUCAUAGGAGCACGAAGUCUCUGCCAGAUGUGGGCGACUCGCCGCUGCCUCGGGCUGAUACGCCUGGCGGUUCAGACGCGAAGUCGAUCAACGUCGCUGGUGAGGCUGGGCAUGUGCGACCGGCGACGGCGCCGUAUGAGCUGCUCAGCAAGGAGAGGAUGAUGGGUCUCUACCUCGCGGUCUACGUCAAUGUGAACGUCAAGCAUCUAGUCAAGGGCACAUCGAAGGAUGCCGUGACGACCGGUCUGAUUGGCGGAAGAGUGGGGAACAAGGGCGGCGUGGGCAUUAGCGUGAACAUCGCUGGGACCACUCUGCUAUUUAUCAAUGCCCACCUCGCAGCUCAUGAAGGCAAGGUUCAACACAGAAUCGCCGACUUCGCCAAGAUCAAGGCUGAACUUGAUGUGGAUGACUUCCUUGCCCCGGAUGACCCACGAAUCAUGUCAGAGGACAUUACUGACAAGUUCGACUACACAUUCCUUUGCGGUGACCUCAACUUCCGGCUAGACAUCACCCGCCUUCACGCAGACUGGCUCAUCUCUCGCAAAGAGUAUGCUCAAGCCCUCGCAUUCGACCAACUGCGCAAGAUCAUGGAGGCAGGUCGUGCGUUCGUAGGCUUCCAUGAAGCGCCCAUCACCUUUCCCCCGACCUUCAAGUACGACGUCAUGCGCACGCUGAAGCGCCGCAGGAGCUCGUCGAAGCCAUUGGCAAGCCCGUUCUUACCUUCGACGCCGGUACCCGGCCAUCAGAAGAUCCUCACCCACGUCACAGAGAAGGACGGCGAGACGCCGGAUGUGAAUGUCGUGAGCGAGCCCGAGCAUGUACAGGAGCAGGAGCAGGAGCGCGAACGGGAUCAAGAUGCAGCUUCUGUUGUGUCGUCAACGUUCACAUCUGCGCGCUCGAAGUACACGAGCCAAAGUCAGGGCGACGAUGCGCAUGAGGACAUGGAAGAGGAGGACCUGUUUUUCGCUACGGAGACGAAAACAAAGUCGGGCAAGGUCAUCCAGCGGCUGUCGCUCACCGCUAUCAAGGCGAAGUGGGUCGCGAUGGUGUCCCCUGCAAAGACGGAGUUCAUCAAUCAUAUACCGACGAAGCGCAGGAAACGGCCGAAGGUGGACUCCGCCAGGAAUAGUCCUGCACCUGAGGCGAAUGGGCGCCGGUCCCAGAGCGCCCCCCGGUCAGUCUUUGAUGAGCGUGCAAGUUCGACCAACCUAUUGGAUGGAGUGAUAGGACAGGAAUUCACAGGGGGAGACGUAUAUGACUCUUCUCACAAGCAGCGCGUACCCAGCUGGUGUGACCGUAUCCUUUGGAAAUCUACAGUGGAACCCAAUCCGGAGGAGACGCUUCCUCCGCUACAGCCACCCCGAAACCGCGUCUCCAACAUUUUCCAGGUGCUCCGACCCGUCCGCAACCGGCGUGACUCAGCAUCUUCCAUGCUCUCUGCCGUCCUGGGGCCCUUGAACUCUUCUGCUACCAGGCUUCCCUCGUCUCCCUUGUCAUCUCCAGGCUUGCCCCGUGAACAACGCAAAGCCAGCAGGCCGCAGCCCCAUCGAGCACCGCGUAUGUCAAGACCCAAGUCCGUAGAUACCUUGCCAACACUCACCGCACUACGUGCGUUCACCUCACCUUUGCCGCCCCUCCCGCGCCGCCUGAGCUUCGAGGGCGCGACGCCGACGUCGUCAGUGCCCCUGACGCAGUCGCAGACAAUGCCGCCGCCGAUGCAGGACCGCUGGGCUCCCGAUGUUCUUGCUUCGGAGCAUUCGCCCGCGCUGACCACGGCACCUGCGGUAGUGACGAGCCCGGCCUCGCGUUGGUUUGGCUUCCUACCUGCGUUCUUGCAUCGAGAGGGCUCCAUGCCGACGAUGAGCAGGCCGGACAGCCCGAUUACGCCUGAACAGCCCCCACCACAGCGCGGGACCGUCGUAUGCCUCGGCUACCGCUCGCUCGAUGACGCUGCGAUGCGCCGCCUGGAGGGCCGCAGCGACCACCGGCCAGUCAUCGGCUCGUACGCGAUCUACAUCUAGUAAUAUGUACAGUGUUUCGUUUGUAGAGUUGUUAUCAUCAGCCCGUGCACGGAGUCCGCUCAUUACUGACAGUUUUUACACAUGUAGAUACCC